CACCUCGUACUUCGUGAGGCAGGGCCAGUGAGGGCCAGCGGGGUGGCCCUGAGCACGCCGGGGAGAAUUAGGAAGAAAGGACUUCUGGGCGGAUGGAGAACAGAGAAUUGUGCAACCUCACAGGCAUCCAGAGUUGUGACCUCCACCUUUACCCACGCCUGCCCUUCUACUCUCCGUUGGGGAGGCCUCCUCCAAGGCUCCCUUUGUGCCCGGGGCAGGUUCCACUGAAAACUGAUCCUGCAAGUCCACCUGUCUACCACCACAGUCCAGCUUCCCAGGCCAUAGCUGUGGGAAGCCUGGGGUGGAGCGGAGAACUUUCUGGAUUCAGCUGCCCAGGCAGAGGAGAAUGGGGUCUCCACAGCCUGAAGAAUGAAGACACGACAGAAUAAAGACUCAAUGUCAAUGAGGAGUGGACGGAAGAAAGAGGCCCCUGGGCCCCGGGAAGAACUGAGAUCAAGGGGCCGGGCCUCCCCUGGAGGGGUUAGCACGUCCAGCAGUGAUGGCAAAGCUGAGAAGUCCAGGCAGACAGCCAAGAAGGCUCGAGUAGAGGAAGCCUCCACCCCAAGGGUCAACAAGCAGGGCCGAGGUGAGGAGAUCUCAGAGAGUGAAAGUGAGGAGACCAAUGCACCCAAAAAGACCAAAACUGAGGAACUCCCUCGACCACAGUCUCCCUCGGAUCUGGACAGUUUGGAUGGGCGAAGCCUCAACGAUGAUGGCAGCAGUGACCCUAGAGAUAUAGACCAGGACAACCGCAGCACGUCCCCCAGCAUCUACAGCCCUGGGAGCGUUGAGAAUGACUCCGAUUCUUCUUCCGGCCUGUCGCAGGGCCCAGCUCGCCCCUUCCACCCUCCUCCACUCUUUCCUCCUUCCCCUCCACCAACAGACAGCACUCCCCGACAGCCAGAGCCUGGAUUUGAAGGCCAUCCUUCUGUGACACCCACUGGGUAUCAUGCUCCAAUGGAGCCCCCCACAUCUCGAAUGUUCCAGGCUCCUCCUGGAGCCCCUCCCCCUCACCCACAGCUCUAUCCUGGGGGGGCUGGUGGAGUUUUGUCUGGACCCCAAAUAGGUUCCAAAGGCGGAGUGGCUACCUCUUCAGUAGGUCCUCCUAGUGGAGGCAAGCAGCACCCCCCACCCACUACCCCCAUUUCAAUGUCCAGUUCUGGGGCUAGUGGGGCUCCCUCAGCAAAGCCACUUAAUACUCCAGUGGGUGGUGGGAACCUCUCCUCCGCUCCACCACCAGCCACCUUCCCCCAUGUGACACCAAACCUGCCUCCUCCACCUGCCCUGAGACCCCUCAACAAUGCCUCAGCUUCUCCUCCCGGCUUGGGCGCCCAGCCAGUCCCUGGGCAUCUGCCCUCUCCCCAUGCCAUGGGGCAGGGCAUGAGUGGACUUCCUCCUGGCCCAGAGAAGGGCCCCGCUUUGGCCCCCUCGCCCCAUCCCCUGCCCCCCGCUUCUUCCUCUUCGGUCCCCGCACCCCCGAUGCGGUACUCCUAUCCAUCCUCCAGUAGCUCCGCGGUGGCCUCUUCCAGUUCCUCCUCCUCCUCCUCCUCCCAGUACCCAGCUUCCCAGGCGUUGCCCAGUUAUCCCCACUCCUUCCCUCCCCCAACAAGCCUGUCUGUGGCCAACCAGCCACCCAAGUACACUCAGCCUUCGCUUCCAUCCCAGGCCGUGUGGAGUCAGGGACCCCCUCCACCUCCCUAUGGGCGCCUCAUGGCCAACAGCAGUGCACACCCAGGCCCCUUCCCGGCCUCUGGGGGCCAGUCGGCCCACCCACCAGCCCCAACACAUCACCACCACCACCAGCAGCAGCCGCAACACGGGAACUCUGGGCCCCCGCCCCCUGGGGCGUACCCCCACCCCAUGGAGGGCAGCAGCUCGCACCACGCCCAUCCUUACACCAUGUCCCCCUCCCUGGGGUCUUUGAGGCCCUACCCGCCAGGGCCGGCGCACCUGCCACCACCUCACGGCCAGGCGUCCUACAGCCAGGCGGGUCCCAGUGGCCCCCCAGUCUCCUCCGCCUGCAGCUCUUCCAGCUCUCAGUCGCCCUACCCAAGCUCACACCCCUCCCCAUCUCAGGGCCCCCCGGGGCCGCCCUACCCCUUCCCACCCGCCCCGCCGGUCACCACCUCCUCGGCUACCCUUUCCACCGUCAUUGCCACCGUGGCUUCCUCGCCCGCGGGCUACAAAACGGCCUCCCCGCCAGGGGCCCCGCAGUACAAGAGAGCCCCGUCCCCGGGGUCCUACAAGACAGCCACCCCGCCAGGAUACAAGCCGGGGUCACCGCCCUCCUUCAGAACAGGAACUCCUCCGGGCUAUCGGGGUGCCUCCCCACCAGCCGGCCCCGGAACCUUCAAGCCGGGCUCACCCUCCGUGGGGCCCGGGCCCCUGCCUCCUGCAGGGCCCUCGAGCGGGUCCUCGCUGCCUCCGCCGGCCUCGGGGCCCCCCCUGAGCGCCACGCAGAUCAAGCAGGAGCCCGCCGAGGAGUUCGAGACUCCCGAGAGCCCCGUGCCGCCCGCCCGCAGCCCGUCGCCCCCGCCCAAGGUGGUGGACGUGCCCAGCCACGCCAGCCAGUCCGCCAGGUUCAACAAGCACCUGGACCGCGGCUUCAACUCGUGCGCGCGCAGCGACCUGUACUUCGUGCCGCUGGAGGGCUCCAAGCUGGCCAAGAAGCGGGCCGACCUGCUGGAGAAGGUGCGGCGCGAGGCCGAGCAGCGCGCGCGCGAGGAGAAGGAGCGCGAGCGCGAGCGGGAGCGCGAGAAGGAGCGCGAGCGCGAGAAGGAGCGCGAGCUCGAGCGCAGCGUGAAGUUGGCUCAGGAGGGCCGGGCCCCAGUGGAGUGCCCGUCUCUGGGCCCAGUGCCCCAUCGGCCUCCAUUUGAGCCAGGCAGCGCUGUGGCCACGGUGCCGCCCUACCUGGGUCCUGACACUCCAGCCCUGCGCACUCUCAGUGAAUACGCCCGGCCUCACGUCAUGUCUCCUGGCAAUCGCAACCACCCAUUCUAUGUGCCCCUGGGGGCCGUGGACCCGGGGCUCCUGGGUUACAACGUUCCAGCCCUGUACAGCAGUGACCCAGCUGCCCGGGAGAGGGAGCGGGAAGCCCGUGAACGGGACCUGCGUGACCGGCUCAAGCCCGGCUUUGAGGUGAAGCCCAGUGAGCUGGAGCCCCUACACGGGGUCCCUGGGCCGGGCCUGGAUCCCUUCCCCCGACACGGGGGCUUGGCCCUACAGCCUGGCCCUCCCGGCCUGCAUCCUUUCCCUUUCCAUCCGAGCCUGGGGCCGCUGGAGCGAGAGCGUCUGGCCCUGGCAGCUGGACCAGCCCUGCGUCCAGACAUGUCUUAUGCUGAGCGGCUGGCAGCCGAGAGGCAGCACGCAGAAAGGGUGGCGGCCCUGGGAAAUGACCCGCUGGCCCGGCUGCAGAUGCUCAACGUGACCCCCCAUCACCACCAGCACUCCCACAUCCACUCUCACCUUCAUCUGCACCAGCAGGAUGCCAUCCACGCAGCCUCUGCCUCGGUGCACCCUCUAAUUGACCCUCUGGCCUCGGGGUCUCACCUUACCCGGAUCCCCUACCCAGCUGGGACCCUGCCUAACCCCCUUCUCCCUCACCCUCUGCACGAGAACGAAGUUCUUCGCCACCAGCUCUUCGCUGCUCCUUACCGGGACCUGCCAGCCUCCCUUUCUGCCCCGAUGUCAGCGGCCCAUCAGCUGCAGGCCAUGCACGCACAGUCUGCAGAGCUGCAGCGCCUGGCCCUGGAGCAGCAGCAGUGGCUGCACGCCCAUCACCCACUGCACAGCGUGCCACUUCCUGCCCAGGAGGACUACUACAGUCACCUGAAGAAGGAAAGCGACAAGCCACUGUAGAACUUUGAUCAAGAGAGUGCCCAUGGCUCCUGCAUCUGGACCUUGGAGGGCCCUCCUGGCCUGUCACCCAGAGCCAAGGAGCGGCGCGCGCUGCUCACUUGCAGGGCUUCUAGAGCUGGGCAGAGGGAGGGAGAGAGGGAGGGAGGGAGGGAAGACAAGGUCAAGCCCCAAGGCGGCGUGCAGAGGUGGGGAGAUGGCGAGGGCGGGGAUAGAAAGCGCACAGUGCCCUGGACCAGGUCCCUCUUCCUCGUCCCCUGUUUUCCUUUUCCCUUAUGCCCCAAUCCUCGGUGGCCACGACUCCUCCCCGCCCCCGUUGGUGUGAUUAUUUCACCUGUUAGAUGUGGCUGUUUUGCGUAGCAUUGUGUGCUGCCCCUGCCCCGUCCCCGUGUGCGCACCCCCUUUGCGAUGUAUGCCCCUUGCCCUCCCCACAUUGAUAAUUUAUAUAUAUAAAUAUCUAUAUGAUGCUCUUUAAAAACAUCCCAACCAAAACCAACCAAACAAAACAUCCUCACAACUUCCCAUGAA